GGGGGCUGAGCAGCUGACAGCAACAUGGCGGCGGCUGCAGCCGGGCGGCGUGGCGGGCGGUUGGGGCGGCCCCCGGCGCCGGCGCCUGUGCCCGUUGGGGAUCUGCCGCCCGCCGGCGAGCUGGUGCGGCCCUCGGUGACAGAGCUGUCCCAAGUGAGGACCAACAUCCUGUGCACGGUGCCCGGCUGCGGCAAGGUCCUGCCCAACAGCCCGGCCCUCAACAUGCACCUGAGCAAGGCCCACCCGCUCCAGGAUGGAAAACUUAAUGCACCGAUAAGGAAGGGUUUGAAAACUUCACAGAAAUUCUACUGCUGUCCUAUUGAAGGCUGCCCUAGAGGACCAAACAGGCCGUUUUCCCAAUUUUCUCUUGUAAAACAGCACUUUAUGAAAAUGCAUGCUGAAAAGAAGCACAAAUGUGAUAAAUGCAGUAACUCCUAUGGUACAGAAUGGUACUUGAAACGGCAUAUAGAGGUCUGUGGCAAGACUUUCCAGUGUACUUGUGGAUGCCCUUAUGCUAGCAGAACAGCAUUACUGUCUCAUAUUUACAGAACUGGCCAUGAAAUUCCUGCAGAACACAGGGAUCCUCCUAGUAAGAAAAGGAAAAUGGAAACCUCCGUACAUAAUCAGCAGUUGGCAGAGAAAGCAAAUGAAGCAUUCAUCAGUACACACAAUAAUAAUCCUGGCACUCAGGAAUUGGAGUCCUCUGAAGUGAAACUAGUGGCCUCUCUCGAAGGCUCCUGCAGUUCUAACUUCACAAACCAAAUGCAGCCAAAAUGUACACCGAAGAUGCUUUUACCGAAGCCCAAGGUGGCUUUGGUUAAACUCCCGGUGAUGCAGCUUGCUCACUUGCCUAUAUACGUAUCUGCAACAGACUCUUCCGUCAAACCUGCUGUAGUGGCUGUUGAUAAUCAAGGUUCAGUUGUAAGUACGGUUCAUUUAUUGCCUCAAUCCAUAGGAAUUCUGAUUCCAGCGCUGGAGGCAGAAACACUUGUAUUUAAAGAUAGUAUGCCUGUUUCAAAAGUGACAAAUUCUAGGGAUCAUGAGCCAGUAAGUACUGGUGUACAAGUUGAGUUGGAUAAGGUUGCAUCGAAUAACACAGGGCAAGAGCUGGGGAAUGUUUGUCACAAGAAUAAAAUUUCUUCAAUAAAUGUACAGACUGACUUAUCUUACAUUUCACAGAACUUUGUACCGGCUGCAGCCUGGACUCCCAAUUCUUCUGUAUCCUCUUGCUCUCAGACAGAUCUGUCAUUUGGUUCACAGGUUUCGUUACCCAUCAGUGUGCAAACACAGACGCUGCUGCCUGCUUCCAAACUGACUUCAUCCAUAGCUGCUCAGACUGAUGCCUUUAGUCCGGUUUGUUUUCCAACGUGUGGCAUUUCUAGAGAGACUCAAACCAGUAGGACGCAGGACCCUCUUGAUGGAAGAGUGCAGAUAGACCAGGCCGUCAUGUCCGGUGACAUCUUUGACAAUGUUCAUUCAUCAUAUGUUUCUACUCACAUUGAACUUCCAGAAAACAAUUUAAUGCCUGCAACUAUAGAUCAAACCUUGCUGCAAAGGAGUAAUUGCAAGAGCCUGAAUCAAGAUACGGUGAAGUCUGAAUCCCUUAUCAGCUUCAAUACACAGACUAAUAUACUUCCACCUCAAAAUAUGAUGGAUAAUCAAACCCAGACAAUGGACCUACUAAGUGAUCUGGAGAACAUCUUUUCAGGAAACAUGUCUGGCCAGACACUGGAUAAUCGUGGCCUUUUGUCUGAGACAAGUUCUAAUGCUGACACGCAUCUGCCAUCUGGUCCAUCACAGAGCACAGGAAUAGACUUUGACAUUGAAGAGUUCUUUUCAGCAUCCAAUAUCCAAACUCAGACUGAGGAGAGUGAGCUUGGUACUCUGAACUCUGAGCCAGUUUUGGAGUCACUGGACAUCGAAACUCAGACUGAUUUCUUAUUUUCAGAUAGUGCUACUCAAUCAUAUAGCUGCCGAGGAAAUUCUAACUUCCUAGGUUUGGAGAUGUUUGAUACACAGACACAGACAGACUUGAAUUUCUUUUUGGACAGUAAUACCCAUCUGCCUUUAGGAAGCAUUCUGAAGCAGUCUAGUUUCUCCAUGAGUACUGACUCAUCUGAUACAGAAACCCAGACAGAAGUAUAUCCUGCUACCAAAAAUAUGCCUACUCAGAAUAUUGAAGGCAAAGUCCAGCUCAGUAGCGCUGAAACACAGACUAUGGAUAGCUGCUUUGAGAAUCUGGGGAGUUUAUUCCUUACCAGCAACGAGACACAGACAGCGAUGGAUGACUUUCUCCUGGCUGACUUAGCCUGGAACACAAUGGAGUCCCAGUUCAGUUCAGUAGAAACACAGACCUGUGAAGAGCUGUGCUCCUUGUUUCAGAGCUCUGACAAGCCCAGCCAUUGAGUACUACGUAAUGUAACUGUUCCUGUGGUUUGAAACUAAGUUAUUGGGGUGGGAGAGACGGAUUGACCAAGUUAUCCGCUUUGCAUUAUUGAAUGUAGUUCUUGUGAGCAGUUGGCCUAAGAGACUUUUUGUGCUGAAGGUACUCUAUUGAUAUGUAACUCUCCAUAAGCGGUGUGUAUAAAUGGGGGUAAGGGAGGCCAUAACAUGUUAAUGUACAUUUGAACCUUAAAAAAAAUAUGUGGUGCCUAUGUUUUGUCCUCAAACUUCUUUACGAAGCUGAUACUGCUUUCAUUUGAACAGAAGAACUUUUAAAGGUGUUCUAUAUAUAUAUGCACACCUCUCUAUUCCUGGCUUACAUACAGGGUUCCAACGUGCUGGACCAAAACCCUGGCCUGUCCAAUUCCGAUGCUUCCCUGAAAUUACGGGGGAGGAUUCUAUUAGCGUAAGCUACUUCUCUUUACUUUUUUUAGUAGCUUGUAUCUUAAAUCCGGCAUGAACAUAAUAAGCCAUAGUGUCUUCUUUUACCUUAUGCCUUCACAGCUCUUUCUCCUGCAUAAGAUGGUAUUUUUCAAAUACCUGUCCAACACACUAGGCACAUAAAGAAUCUUGAAUUGUUGAAUAUAUUUAUUACUAAAAAUAUGUCGAAAGCAGUACUCUUAAAAUUUUUUUCCCCGAGUGGCACUGAUGCCUUUUGCAAGGUAGGAAAAGAACUUGGAAUACAUAAUUAUAGGGAAAAUUAGUAUGUAGUCCUUUUAGCUAGUGUAAUAAAUGAGACUAACAUUUUUAGAGUCUUCAGAAGGGAUUUGCUUAAAUUAUUUCUGACUGUAAGAUGCAAAUGUUACAAUGUGUGUGCCUCAAAGACUGGAAUAAUUUGUUUUCACUGAAAUUCUCCUAGCUUUAUUAAGCUAUAAGUUGAGAAAUGUUACAGUGGUUUAUACCUCUAUUACCUUAAGAGAAAUCUUUAGAAAUGGGAAAUUAGAUUUUCUAAAAUACUCACCUGGACUCCUGUUUUUGGACUUCUUGCUUCCAAAAACAACUGGAAUCCGUACAACAGAGCUGGGAAGAUUGGCUCUCGGAAGCCCUUUCAGAACAGCUGUAUCUCACUUUUGCACAACGAUCUGCAGCCCUCAGUUCCUGCAGCUUUUAGAGAGUUUUUCUGAGUAUAGUCACACAGACUGAUUUUUCAAAGAAACGUGACCUCUUGGAAUGUUUUUAUUGUUCAUCUUGCCCCUCAUGCCAUUGUUUGCAGUACUUUUCAUUUGCAUGACAGAAAAUAAGCCAGUUGUGAAUGUAUGUUGGAAUUUGGCCUUAACUCAUUUUUAUCUCUUACUCUAAUACCUGCAAAAUGUAGGCCUCCGCUUUUGUUUUGGAUGGAUUUUAGUUUCUGUUACCUUAAAUGAAAGGGAAACCUCUUCAUGUCAAGCUCCUGGGCCUGUAACAGACUUCACUCCUCCAUUGAGAGGUGUUGGCUGUAUAUUUACUAGGCAGCCCACCAGUAAAUGUAUGUCCAAGUCUUAGUUUUUGAAGACUCGCUAUGCUUUGUGCUUCAUAUCCUCAGCUGAAAGGUGUGGGAGUUAAGUUACUCAUCCAUUGCAGCUAGCUUGUUUUGCUGAAAAUGAGCAAUACUUUUUUUUUUUUUGUCUCUUCCUACCACUCUUUAAAUUGCCACGGUUAACGCACUAAUAUGGUAAGCAUCUCUACUUUUACUGGAAAGAAUCUCUUUAAAUUAACCCUGAAACUCAUAUUUUCCUCCUGAAAAACUCCUGAAACCACAGCUGUGUUGCCUGUUCAUUUUUCAGCAUUUCUAGGUGUGAGUUCAGGCACUUCCAGUCUGUGGCUGAAGAAACUGCAGAGAGGAAUCUUGCAGUUGCCCCCAGGAGUACAGUAAUUUUCCUUUGAGGAAAGUCUCCCCAGGUUUCACAAUAUCUAGAGUUCUGGUGUGAAAGGUGGGAUAUGUUGAAAAAAGGGAACCUUAGAGUCACAGAACCUUAGAAAGGUUUGCGUUGGAAGGGACCUUCAAAGAUCAUCUAGUCCAACUCCCCUGUCGUAGGCAGGGACAUCUUUCACUAGAUAGAUUGCUCAAAGCCCCGUCAGUCUGACCUUGAACACUUCCAAUGAUAAGGCACUCCUUGUAACUGUUUCUUCUGAAUAUAUGACUGGUUCAUAUUUACCUGCCUGAAAUUGGGAAAUAAGAUAAAUGACAAAAUCAGGUUAAUUUAUUCUGUUGCAGUGUUUUACUAGUAAUGUUGCAUCUUCAUGUUUUAAAGUGGUUUUCCUUCUCCUUUCUUCCCCCCGGCUGCAAUACCAGAGAACAUGUUGUCACACAUAAGCUUCUGUGUUUUCCAUGUGCAAGUUGUCUGUACUGACACAUGAAAGGGAAGCAGUUACUAUAAAUCUGGUUAAGGAACACUGCAUUUCCACAGCUGUAGAAACCAGAAGUGAGACACUGUUCAUGACCUCUGAAUUUAGAUAAAGUCAGUCUUUUUUCUGUAAGAGAAGGAAUCUUAGGUGAUGAGGAGCAGAAUUACAGGUGGCUUUGAAUUGUAGCUUUCUGAGAGACCAGCUAGAAAUUUGCAACUAAUUUACAAAUCAGAAUGAGAAUUGCCAUGUUCUUAGGGUGUAAGCCAAAGCUCUUGACAUCAGUGACUAUCAGAAAAACACUAAGGUUUGUGUGGAUGCAAUCUUACAAUGUAAUCGUUAUUUAUUUGUAGUACUUUGUAAUUAAAAGUAUUCAUAAGCUUUGAGUGCUUUAUUAGAACAUGCAAAUACCAUUCUUUUCCCUCAUCCUAUGUGUUUAAAAUAGUUUGAACCUUAAUUAGGUGAAUAUGGUACUGCAACGUGAAGUUAUUUAUUGAAAGUGCAGUAUUAAGAAAUUAUUAAAUACGUCUGCAUUGUCUUAGGGAAGUGGCUCAUUCUGACCAAAAUUAACUUCUUUCUUUGCAAAUUUGGUUGUCUAUAAAUUACUCAAAGUCAGAAACAGGUUUGGAUCCUAUGCUGCUGGUGUAUGUCACUCAGUUUGAAUUUAUUAAGUAUUUUUGUGAAAAUGUAAAGUCUGCAACUAAACUUCAUAGUUUGCUGAAUCCCACAGUAAAUCUAAUGAAACUGGAUCUGAAAUACUGUUGAUGAAUACUAGAAAUUCAUCAAAAUUGAACAAGUUCUUUUAAAUGGCUAAUUUUCUAUUUUGGCCAUUGUUUUAAAAAUAAACUUCAAUCAGAACUAUUUCUUGGUAGUACUAAAAUGAUACUUAUCUCCCUUUUUCUGCAGUUUGCCUCUGAUUUUCAAGGCACUGUCUCUAUUGUAAGUAUUGGUCAGCAGUGACUUACUACUUUGCUUAUUCUCUUUUGUAUCCUCUACUGCCAUUUGAACUGCUAUACAAAAAGUAACAUCAGAUUCUCCAUUGUCUCUUAGCACAAAUUUUUAUCUGGAAGUGAUACUAAUAUUAUUUGUACUUGCUCUUUGCAUUUCCUGCUUAAUGCUGUUAUGCUGUGAUUGCUGGAUCUUGAUGCCUGCAUAAUGCUACUCUAAAAUUGAAUUAGUAGUUUUGUAGUCGAGCUUUUCUUUAGUAUAUAAAAAUUCAAAUGAAACAUUAACAAAUUUGGGGCACCUGUGCUGUGAGAACAUACGCACAAAACAGCUGAAAAAUGGGAGGGUCUUUCUUGUUGCCUUCCAUGUUUGUUUGUCACAAUGCUAAAAGUUUGUAUGACAGUAGAUGUACGUUUCUUCUACUGUUGGCUUUAUUUGCAUCUAUUUCAGCUAAUACACUUGUAAAUAGUUCUUUCUUCUUUGGGUAGGGAGGGAAUCGUCCCCCCCCAACUCUUCAUGUCUGCAUAGAGAAAAUAGUAGUUAAAAGUCAGAGUUUAUUAAUGCUACGUAUUCUUAGCUAUGCAAAGCUGUUUGUCUAGAAAAUUUUCACUUCCAAAGGAUGUGAAAUCUUACGGGAAAAAAAAUAUAUAUAUAUGCUUGCAGCUGUAAAUUAAACAGUUGUAAAACAAGCCUCUCAUUGUGAGACCUCAUCUGGUUUUGAACAAUUCUGUGUCUGUAAGUUAAUGUAUGUAACUAACACUCCUUACGAAUUUGUAUUCCAAGGUGCACACGCAGUCAUUUUUUCUGUUGAAAACAAAAGGCUGAAUUUCCCUGUUAGUCAUACGUAUCUUGAUUGUGUAGAGGCAACAGAACAAAGAAAGAUAACUGCCUUCCACUGUUUUCUACCCUUAUCCUGCCAGCACAUGCUCACGUGCUUAGUCAGAUCUGAACUGAUCUCUUUGUGAGGCUGGGUAGAGACGCGCGUGUCGGCAGGAUUGGGAUCUUAGGUGUUAGGGAUUUUUAGUAGCCUUUCAAAUAUAAAGUUAGUAGGACUGAUACAGCACAUACUGGAUCAACAUAGGGUGCUCAACUUGCAAAAGAAUAUGUGACUGAAAUGACAGCUCAGAGGUGAACCAAAUGUACUUGCCUUUACCGUUAAGGUUGUACGGCUUCCUUUGCUUUAAUCUAUUUCUGACAUGUUGGGUUUUCUUAAACAUGAUCUUAAUGUACAAUUUACUGCUCCAAAUACGUUCACACCAAAAUGUUAACGUUCUAGGCCUUGCAAGCUUUUUCAUUCACAUUUGGUUUAAGGUCUGCUAUGCUUGUGUUCCUGCUAGGGUAGGUCUGCUGUAAACAGCCUUCCAUUAAUAACUUGACAUGGACACUAUGAGGCUAGGGUGGUUUAAUGGUAGCAAGCUUCAAUGCAUGAUGCAAACAUGCAUCUUCUGUUUCUUUUGUUGUUGUUUUUUAACAGUUGAUGUGAAUUUAAAUGUGUGGUAGAAGGAUUUGCUGCUUAGAGCAUGACUGAAUUUUCUUGUUUAAAAUGCCAUUGCUAUGCAAUGAACAGAAUCAAGGAACUACAUCGUUCAACUCUGCAUUGCCUUGCAGUCAGGUUGAGGGUAUGUUUGUAUUGGUGCGCGCGACUCUUCCACUUCACUGAAAACGUAAUCGGACAGCCUGAAACAGUGGAAAUUCCUGAAUGAAUUGCUGGGUUAAAUAACAGAAGCCCUUUACUUCUAUUUGUUUUCACAUACUGGCUUUACAGCAGUAUCUUUGACAUAACUAGCAACAGAAUAUAAUAGAUGACUUGUGAUGAUGUAAACUGUACAACCUCCAUUUCACAACUAGUGCUUCACGUGCAUGCUUGAAGUGCUCGCAUGCAGAGCUAGAUUGACAGUACUUCUGUCUACAGAUAUUUGCAAGUGCAUCUCUGAUAAAGCUAGAUAUGAAAGAUAGCCGUAUUUUUCCAGCUUACAGAAUUCAACACCUGAUUAUGAUCUAAUUUAAACUUGUAAUUAUUUGGAAUGGAUGAGUAAUAAACCUCAUGGGUGAGUCUUUCUCAAAGCAUGCAUGAGUUAAUAAGGCUGAGAAACGUCCUUAAAAUGUUUUACUUCUCAUCACUGGUGGGGUUUUGAUCUAGCGGACAAAUUUAGUUUUCAAAGGAUGGCCAUGUUUAAUUCUUGCUAUUUAAGCCAGUAAAUUUGCAAUGAGCAGACAAAAGCAAGCAUUAAUUUCUUAGACCUAUUUUACAAGUGACAAUCCCAAAGAAGGAAUGUUGUCCUAGUAAUUGUGAAACUUUUAAGUAUAUUAAUGCAUGCAGAGAAAACCUUGUGCCAAAAUACUGUUUCAUAUUUCCCUCUGUUGGAAACAGAAGUGUUAUACAAAGCUACUAGUAAGUUAUUCACAAGUAUUUAAAUGUUUUGUUCACAAAUGAAGCACUUAGUCCUGUAAAUUAUACAUAUUUUUGAAUAAAGUUAACUUCAAUCAA